UUCUUUUUUCUUUUUGGGAAGAAUUAAUGCCAAGUGUCGUGGUUGCAGGUCGGGUCGUGGAAGGUCAUCCCCUCGUUCAGGGUCACCAAGUUCCCGUGGAGGAGUGUCUUUCACGGACAGAUCCUUCGACACCACCGAGACAUUGGAGACGACCUCUAACACUACCAAGACCAGCUCCGACAGAGAGAAUCAUCUCCAUGCCUUAGGUCUAGAGGUGAACAUCCCUGCACCGCCUCACAAUGUGUUCACUGUUUCUCGUCACAUGGCUAAGGAGAAAAACACAUUUAGGGAAGAUGUAAUAUCCACCCAAGAGGCCGGACCAUCAGGGAGUGAGCCGCACCCUGUACACGGGGCCAGGCGGGCUACAGAGAGAGUCAAGAUUUCCAAGUGUGACAUUUCUGCAGAUAAACACUAUCAACAGAGGUCACACCUUCCUAUAUCCUCGCAGUCGGCAGCAAUGAAUGUAGCUGUUAAACUGAGUACAGGCCAACAGUCAGUCUCUCCUUUGGGUAAGACACAAGUUAACAGCUCUCAUUACAUAAAAGUAUCCCCCAACAGAGUAUCCUGCAACAGAGUAUCCCAACAGAGUAUCCCCCAACAGAGUAUCCCCCCAACAGAGACUCCCCCAACAGAGCAAUUUCCAACAGAGUAUCCUCUAAACAGAGUAUAUCCCCCCAACAGCUUGUUUCGCAGCUGA